CCGGUCUUGGCGCGGUUCCUUGGCAUCCGCGGCCUUGGCGUGACUUGAAAAAGGCCACCGUUCUCCCCUCCUGGCCAUCGCCGUCCACCCAGCAUCGCCCGCUUCCAUCCAGCCCCGCGUUCUUUUGCCCACCACAGCAUCUCAUCAGUACCCCUGCAGCUUUCGGCACUCCCGUAUCGACACCACCAUGGGCCGCAAAUCAGACUCUGACUCCGACUCCGACUCGGUUCUCUCGGAAUCGUCUUGUGAAGGCGUCGUGGUUGCCAUCGGCAGCAGCGUCGCCGUCCACCGGAUUCGGCACAUCGAAUCCCGACUCCAGCGUCGCCUUGGCCGCCUCCAGCGAAGGAUCGACAAGCUCAACCGCAAGAUCGACCGCCGAUGUCGCAAGCGCGGUCUGCCCUCGAUGAGCUAUCAGAUUCCGCCUCCCUUUCCCACUCAGACUUUCCCGCCGCUACCCCCUGGAACGCCUGUCGAUUCGAUAGAUAACCAUAUCCGGAGUGUCCAGAUCCUCCAGCAACAAAUCCGCGAGUACCGGCAGCAAAUCAACCUCCGUCGACAGAUGCUCCACUCCAUUCGCCGGGGAAUCUUUACCUUUACCUCGUCGGGGUCGGCACCGAUCGUGCCGAUGGUUGUCCCCGGACCGCCGAUGCCGCCGAUGCCACCGAUGCCACCCAUGGCCCCGAUGGCCCCGAUGGCUCCUAUGGCUCCUAUGGCCCCGAUGGCUCCUAUGCGACCCAUGCAGCCUAUGCAGCCUAUGCAGCCUAUGCCGCCCAUGCAACCCAUGCAGCCUAUGCAGCCUAUGCAACCUAUGCAGCCCAUGCCAUCUUCCUCCAGUGGAUAUUCUUAUGCCGUCUAUGCCCGCGGCACCAGUGGGUUCAAUUCCGGCUAUGCGCCGCCACCCGGCGGUCCUCCUCCAUACGAGUCUCUCCAAGGCACCGAUCUCAAGGCACCUCCUAGCGACAUGAAAAAGCUGUAG